AUGACCCAAAAGUCUACACACUUUAUGAUUGAGGGAGAGCUUGGAAAGCUUUGGCGUGAGGCCGAGGAAACGUUCCUGAAGUCGGAAAUCGCGAUCUCCUACCGGCAGAAGCCCCGCGUUGAAUCCGCUAAAAGCCCUGCAGAGUGGCUUGAAGGAUUUCGCGAGUAUCGAAAGGGCGAUUCCCGUUUUAUCGGAGCCUGCAAAGAAAUUGGGAAACACAUGGAGAUCAUCGAAACAUUUGUGCAAGCUCUUGGGUUUUCUGUACAGGUGGUCUCAGCUGUCGCGCCCGCCUUUACGCCAGCCUCCUUGGUAGUCAAUGCAUUCGCAUGGCUGUUCGGUUCCUUCACCAAGGUUUCGGAGGACUUUGACAAGUUGGAGACAUUCUUUGGUCGUAUCGCGAAUCGUCUAGAGUCUUUGAUUCCUUUGGGGAAGUAUCUGAAAGGAGGAACAGAGACCGCGCUGCUCCAAAAACGCAUUGUCAAGCUCUUCGUAAGCUGUUUGGGUAUCUGCAAUGUCGGGACAGAACAGGUCAAAAGCCGGUUAAAGACAUGGGUAAAAAAGCUGAAAGGCGAAAAUGAGGUAGACAAGGACUUGGACAAAUUCGCCGAGGCCAACGAGGCUUUGCGAGAUUGUAUUGAUGUCAACACACUAGGUGCGGUACUGAGUCAGCAAGAAGCCUCUCAACGCGACGAGAUACUCGGGUGGCUAUCGUCCAUCGAUUCUUCUGGUAUGCACCAGAGGGUUAUAGAACAAACGCCCGAUCGGGUUAUUGGCGGCAAGUGGCUUUUGUUGUCUGAGCUUUUUAUGAAUUGGAAAAACCAAUGGGUGGAUAGAAUCUGGUACACCGGAAAACCCGGCGCCGGGAAAAGCGUUCUAGCAUCCACUGUCAUCGAACAUCUUAGAUCAUGGGUAAAGGAAGAUGAGAAGCGAAAGACCAAUACCAUGGUGACGCAUCUCUAUCUAUCAUAUACCUCAAGCCCCGAUGUCAAAGACCUGCUGGGGAGCCUUCUGCGCCAGUACCAAGGUGAAGCUGAUACCCAUCCUUACAUCGUAGCAAAGUUUGAGGAAUAUCGGCGCCAAGGGAAGAUUGAUAACAAGGUCCAGCCUCCAAGUCUGGAUGACAUCAAGGGAAUGCUGAACUCAAUUAAUGAGGGCAAGACAAUGUUCGUCAUUGUCGAUGCUUUGGAUGAGUUCGACAUAAACAGUCGAAACGAGCUUCUGAAGAGUCUGAAGCAGCUCAAGCCUGUUGUGAAGAUUAUGGUAACUUCUCGGGUCUUGAAUCAUCUUGCUAAGCUACAGGAAACCUUUGAACCAGCAACAAUUGAAGCAAAGGACGAGGACAUGGACGAAUACAUAGAGUCUGUGAUCAAAAACAAUCCUUCUCUGGCCCCAUAUCCCAAAUCCCACGCGAAGAUAAAAAACGUGGUAAAACGCCGAUCUGGAAGAAUGUUCAUCCUUGUACGACUACACAUGGAUGCUCUUUCCAAUGUCCAGAAUCGAUUUCAGCUUGACAAUGUUCUGAAAAAGCUGCCGAAUGAUCUUCAAAACGCCUACAAAGACACUAUGAUUCGCCUCAAGAGUCAGACUGAGGACCGAACACUUCGCGCUACUUCAACAUUGGGAUGGGUGGCAUUUUCCGAGAAGCUACUCUCCGUACAGGAACUCCAACACGCUCUUGCCAUUACCGAGAGUAAGGGUCGCCCGCCGCUUCAAUACCUUCGCCAGGAGAAAGAAAUAAUCUCUGAAUGCUGUGGCCUUCUAGUCAUUGACCUGGACGAAAGGGUUCGGUAUGUUCACAGGUCAGCCCAGGAAUUCUUCAACGAGACCAAACACAAAGAGUUCCCCAACUUCGAAGCUCAGAUCACUCUCGCUUGUAUCAGGUACCUAUCACUUUCCGAACUUACCCGUCGAGUGGUAGGGAAAUCUCGACGCCCACGUUCUAAUGGAGGCCACGAGGCGUUUCCACUGAAAGAUUACGCUGCCCAGUAUCUGCAUAGACACCAUCGCAGGAUGGUAGGCGUCGAGGAUAAUACCGAGGUAGCCGAGGCAGCUUAUAAUCUUGUGACGGACAAAGAGAAAAGAACAUUCUACAGUGGACUUUUGUUUAGACUCAAUGUUUACGAGACAAAAUCGGCGUUCAUGAAGAGUGGCCGGUCUACAACUCGUCAAAAAUGGCGCGCCAACACCAUGAAACCGCUUCAGCCGCUUCAUCUGGCUGUAUAUAUGGGCAAUUCCCGGCUUGUUACGCGAUUGAUCAACGAAGGGGCAGACAUUAAUUCACUCGACCCUUAUGGACGUUCAGCUCUAGUGGUUGCCCUCCACAGCGGCCUUGACUUCAUCGCUGGCAUCCUACUACGCAAUGGUGCUGAGAUUGAUCUCAACACCAAAAGAGGGCACGCCAUCUUGCUUCACUGCAUGGAAAGGGACUAUAAGUCGGUCAUCGAGCAGAUACUUGGUGAUACGACGGAAGUACUGCCCAAUGAGGGGUUUCUUAAGAUCCUCGGAUUCCUGUGUCUGUUCUUCUUUGAACAGAUGCGCGGUAUACUGACCAUUCUUGUAACGUCUUUUCCUCAGUCUAACGUUAUGAAAACCGAAGUUCUCAAGGCUCCGCCAUCAGAAGCUACAUCUAUGGAUAAAGAGCCGAAGUUGCAAUUGGAUAUUCACAUGGAUCUUCUUCGCUACGCCUAUUCCGGCAAUGUGCUUGGUUUGGAGUCUAUCCUUCGUGCUUCGACAACUGAUGUUAAUUUGAAGCUGGUCUCACAGGGAGCAGAAUAUGUUUAUACGGACACUGGAGAAGAUGAUUCCGAUGACAACCGCCCAAGAUACUAUUCUAGCCCUGAACCUGACUCUGAGUCAGACUCCGAAACCGACUAUGGCCAUGACUCCAAGUUGGAGUCCAGUUCUAUUGAGCCUACUUCAGAGGCUGAGCUAAACGACAACGAACUGCUAUCUGACUCGCCCCCGAGCUCGUUGGAUGAAGUUUGGCCGUCGUUUAGUGCCUCCUCUACUCGCGCUUUGAGACGUAGGGGACGACGCAAUGUCCACCUUGCCCGUACAACAGCAAGAGCUUGGGAAGGGCGCAGUCACAGUACAACUUCCGGCUCUAGUAACGAUAGAGACGACGUCGAUACGGCAGGGUCAUCGAAAGGGGAUCAGGCUGACGGGUCACAUGUUAGUGAUGUCGACAGGAUCAAGGUCGCCUUCCUCAGAACAGCAUGCUUCCUCGCUGCGGAGAGUGGAAAGCACGAAGCUGUCCAACUUCUGCUAGACCAUGGUGUUUCACCAGACCUGUCAAACUUCCACGGGCAGUCUCUCCUCCACCGCGCGACUUGGAGGGAGGAUUGCAAGCUUGUGGAUAUCCUGAUCAGGAACGACGCAAAUGUAGACCUGAGGGAUCGAAACGGAAGAACACCCUUACUUGCAAAUGCUGAUCUCAGGAAAAAUCGAGUGCUCAAAUUGCUGCUAGACAAGAAAGCAGAUAUCGACCUCAAGCAACGUGAAGGAUGCCAUGAGCUUUAUGAAGCAGCUGCCUUUGGCGCCGAAGAAGCUGUUGAGUUCUUUUUGGAGCACGACAUUGACCCAUCUAUCGCCAACAACUUCGGCUGGACACCUCUACACGGGGCUGCAGCGAACGGCCAUUUAGAGAUCGUCGAGCGGCUUAUCGAGAAAGGUGUCAAUCUAUCACCGCUUUCUGAUACCUACGAAACCCCUCUCAGUCUUGCUCAGCAUGGAGAGAGGCACUAUGAUCAUAUUCUGACGGGCGGGAAGCACUACGCCGAAGCUAUCAGGCGGGCUAGAGAGCUAAGUGUCGAGGAAAAGAUCACUCCCGUUUACUACUGCGGAGCAUUCCAUCAAGCGGCCGAUCGAAACCGCCACAACAAGGGAUGCAACGCCCUCAAGAAAAUACGGAAGGCCCACGCGGAGGAGGAACAAGCACUGCGAGAGCUCCGCAGCCCUAUGUGGCAGAACACAAACUUCUUCGAAACUUUCGUUGGUCGUUUCUGGGGCAUCCUCGAAACGCGUGACUACAUGCGCGCGCGCUUUCGCAUGGUAAAUACGAUGCUGGAGACCUUCGGUGGCGCCGCGAUCAUGGGCAUUCGUGAUAUGGUUCGAGGGCUGUACAUUCGUCUCAAGAAGGACCAAGCCGCAUAUGACUUCAUGAAAUGGCGGGCUACUUCUGCCAACGAUCAGAACUACGAUUGGGGCAACAUGGAUCUCCCGUACUUGGAUGCCAAGGACGCCGACGCCCUUGACACUCCACUCGGUGCUUGGGCAAAGAACGACUUUCUCGGUUUGAGCCACGUCGCAGCCGUCCUUCUAAUCAAGAUACGAAUUCUGGUGGAUCUACAAGCUGUUCAAAACACCACAAGGGCUCUCAACGGCACUGUACCUCCAGAGAUCAUCCAGCUCAUCCGCGGUCAACUUGUCGACGGCAUUUUCGAGUCACGACCCGGCAUCCUGAUGGGCAACAUUCAAGACCUUUCCAAUCUCAUCAAAAGAGUGCAAGAUUAA